AUGUCAUUUCGCAGUGAUGAUUCACGCCGAUACGGCCAUGUGCCGCCAGCGCAAUAUCCCGUCGCCGCUCCGUCGCAAGAGCCCGUUGAGUAUCCGGCGAGGCGCCCGAGUUUCGACAGCGGUGACGAUGCCAUUUUCUUCGACCAGCCCGCUGCCCGGCCCCAACCGCUCUACACGGGCAGCACAGGCAGGGCCGACGAAGAGCUUUUCAUAAGCAGCCCCGUCGCAGACACCCAGCCGGUCCCAAACCGAGCGAGCUACAUUCCGCCAAACGCCGCCGCCGCGAGCUUUCAUCGACAGUACCAAGUCCAUGUCCCGCCGCCCCCACCAUCGCACUCGACCUACAAUCCCCAGACUUUUGCUCGCUCGCAGUCGACAUCCCUCCCAUAUCAUCCCGCCUCAGGAGCAAGAUUUACGCCUUCCACAAGCCCGACAUAUGCGACGGCCCCAACGAACUAUGCUCCGCAGGCGUACAAUCCGGCGGCAUAUGCGAACACCAGCACCGCGCUUCCUCAGAGGCACUCUACUGUUGCUGGAUACAGCGGCUACGGCUACGGGAGUUACAACGCGCCAUCUGUGCCUCAUGUUUCCACCGCCUACGUACCGCCGCCUCCGUCAACUUACGGUGGUUCGCAACCAUCCUCGGCGACGACUCCUUCGGCCCCGCAGAGAUAUGAGCCUGCGUUACAUAGCCCGCAGUAUGCGCCAUUGGUGGCACCCUCUGCCGUUUCCGCGCAAUACGAGCCAUCAUACUCGGCAGCCUAUGGUACUCAGCAGUAUCCAGAGUUGACUUAUGCUUCUAAUGGCAUCCCUGCCGCGUCGAGUCCUCCAUACACUGCGUCAACCUCGCAUGCACCAUAUCCCGUGCACUCUCAUAUUCCGGUUGGCCCCAACUACUCCCCUGACCCCAGUUCCUUCACCAACCGAGCCGCUCGAUCGGGAUCUCAAACGUCGCCCAUGCCUUCGCCUCCGGACCGUGCCCCGGCCUCCCCGCAAAUCCAGAGACACCCAACAAAUGCUCCGCUUCCCAGUCGUCCAAUGGAUGAUUUACCGGAAGAGCCGGAUUGGAGAAUGAAUGGAGGCGGUGAGGCGGAUUUCCAGGUCACGCAAGACAGCCUGAUGCAAGAGAUUGUAUCGGAUCUAGGGGGUUCUUCGCAUACGCAGCGCCCCCAGCCUACCAAUGGCAUUGUAUCAGACGAUAUUUUGGAGAAAGCCCAGCGGUACAAUUCCACUUCAUCAAGAACCACUUCCGAACCCGGCGUUAAUCGGUACCCAUCAAACGCCUCGUCGGCCAUGAACAACACUGCGGCUUCGACGAACACAGCCUAUACUGGGUGGGAUUCCGAGGAAAGUGAUCCGGAAGGUGCAGCGGGCCUGCUAGCCAUGCAGGACGAUAUGGAGGAUCGCAGAUUCGGUGGUAUAACAUUUCCGGCUUACAUGGAGCCGUUCGCCGCGCCGCAGUCACAACCGCAGUCUGCCCCCCAGCUUCCACCACCCCCUGAAGAGCAACUAAGCCCGGACAGUGACUACGGCGGGAUGGAUCUCGGCAUGUACGGCGGGGGUUAUGCUGGGAACCUGCACUACGGUACCGAAGUUAGCUCUCCGCCAGCAACAGCGCCAACUCAGGACGCGUCUCGGCCGCUACCCACUCCACAGAGCCAGGGAGCCGAGUAUCCGCCGUUUUCCGAAGUUUCAGUCGAUUAUGGAGGUACCGGUGGCCUUCUUCCCCCUCAAACACACCGCUUGAGUUUCGAUGAGGGCGACGAGCAGGUGUCCCUCCAUUCUCGGCAUAGCGGUAGUGAUUCGCCUUCCAAAGAGGACUACCCAUACGAUCAAAUGUUCUGGCACCCGGGUCUUUCAAACCGUCCUCUGCCCGCCCUUCCACCUCAGCCUCCAGACAGCGGUUCGCUUCUUUCCGCCCAGCCAUCGAUCAGAUCCAACUAUCAGCACAGUCAUUCUCUGAGUGCGGAUUCAAGACUGCCCUAUCCACCUGAUACCCCUGUGAUUCAGCAAGGUCUGAAUGCUGGUCAGCAGCACGUUGAGAGGUCAAUCUCACUGGUGAACCACAGCAACACGCCCCCGGUACAGGCACCUGCUAGAUCUCGGACUGAUGCUGAGGAGCGCAGGCGAGCGAUGAAAUACGUCUCCCAGCCGGGUGCACCGGCUUACCAGCAAGGGGCCGUGCCGUACGAGGGCUAUGAGGCGGCGACCCCAUCGUCAUUGGCCGCCUACGAUAUGAUCACGUUGCCCACAGGCAGGAGGAAGAAGUUUGUGCCUUCGAAACUCUCGGCUGCGGACAUCAAGCGUUGCGCAGAGCCCUGGGCUCUCAGCGGUAUCACUGCCUGGAUUCGUGAGAUGGCGGAAGGAGAACCCGACCUCAAGAGGAAGACGAUCGAGGAGGGUGUUCUCAAGCUCUUCUGCGCCAAGGUGCCGACAAUGAACGUCGCCGAUGCGGAACUGCUGAGCGCGAGGGUGGUGGAUUCCAUGUUUGCGGCCGGCAUCCUGAUACCCGAGGAAGAAUGGGUCAAGUUUGGCUCAGGGCAGCUGUCGGGUGUUUUGUGGCAACUCACCGGCUCCGGAUGUUAUGCGCCGAAGCUGCACGAGGACGAGCGCAUCGUUCCCCGUUUGCACGGCAACGGCAUACCAGUAAGAUGCUACUCGCACCACUGCGGCAGAACGCUCAAAAAGGUGAACCUGGACAACAUGAUGUCCGAAGAGGACGUUGUGGUUUUGGAUUGGGCUACCUUCCACGGCGUGACCAUGGAGGACAUCAAGAACAAGCCCAAGAAGGAGGUCGAGAGGCAGAACGUGCUACAUGAGAUCGUCACGGGCGAGGAGGAGUACAUGGGCCAAUUGGAUGUGCUUCGGCUGCUCUACCGCGACUGGCUCAGAGCAUGGCAGCCGCCCAUCAUCGCGGCAAACCGAAUGGACAAAUUCCUAGAUGCGGUGUUUGGCAAGGUGGAUGCUGUCCAGCAGAUCAACAAGGAGCAUCUACUCGCUCAGCUCAAAUACCGCCAACAGGAACAGGGCCCUUGGAUCGUCGGAUUUAGCGAUCUGUUCAGGGAAUGGAUUCGGAAGGCCAGGCCAAUCUACAUCGAGUACUGCUCGUCAUACCCGUACGCCUCGUACCUGAUCAGGAAAGAGUCAGCCAGAAACCUGCUCUUUCGACAGUUCCUCGAUGUCGUCCGGGAUCACAAACGCUCGAAGCGGCUGGAGUGGACGACGUUCGUCAAGGCGCCCAUCACCAGGCUUCAGAGAUACGGCCUCCUCCUCGAGACGGUGAAGAAGAAUAUGCCAGGGGAAAGUGAGGAGAAGUCCAACCUCGACAGAGCUUUGGAGGAGAUCAAGAAGGUCACCCAUGAGUGCGAUGAGAAGGUGGCAGAGAUGACCAAAAAGAUUGAGUUGCUGGAGCUGCAGUCUAUGUUGGUCCUGCGGCCUGGCUUCCAGUCCGUCUUGAAUCUUGACCACUUGGGGCGGGAGCUGCUUAAGCAGGGCGAGCUCCAAAGACAGGGUUCGAAAGGUGUCCGCUGGCUGGACACGCACGCCCUGCUUUUCGACCAUUACUUUAUCUUGGCCAAGGCUGUCCCCUCGAGGGAUGGGAGAAGCGAUAAGAAGUUUGAUGUGUCCAAAGAGCCGAUUCCGAUGCCGCUCCUCUUCCUCGAGAGCCUGAAUGACGACCCAGUCUCUAAGCAGAAGGGUUUGACAGCUCCCUUGUCACGGACGCCUGCUGCAUCCGCCUCGGGAACUCAGCUCAGCAAAGUGGCCUCUAAUUCAGGCGACCGCCCCGGGCUUGAGCACACAGGAACUAAUUCUUCGAUGGGGUCACUCACCACCGUUUCACGGCUUACAACAGGGGGCUCCGACGACGGGAAAAUCAUAUACCCAUUCAGGAUCAAGCACCUCGGUAAUGACAUUUACACGCUCUACGCAUCGUCUGCCCAGGAGCGUGCCGCUUGGUGUCAAGCCAUCAUCGAAGCCAAGACCAGGCACGCCAGGGCUCUCCAUGCACAGAAUGCCGAGCCGUUCCGCCUACGCGUCAUUUCGGAUAGCGCAUUCGCGUAUGAUUCGGCGUCUCCGAUGGGGAGGCAGCCCAGUGUGGCCAUCAGGGGCACUCCCCUAGACAGGGCCAUCCGGGAGAUGGAGCAAGUGUACGGUCCAGGGAGAGGCCCGCCACCGGUUUGCCGAGCGACUGUCAAUUGCGCCUGCGCCUUCACGUCAUCUGGCAAGUCGCUCAUCGCCAUCGGAACCGACUAUGGCGUCUACAUCUCGGAAGCGUCCAAUCCUCGGGGGUGGACAAGGUCUGUCCAGAUAAGCAGGGUCACCCAGAUCGCUGUCCUGGAGGAUUUCUCGGUCUGCCUCCUCAUCGCAGACAGGUCCCUGAUCUCGUACCCGCUUGACGUGGUUGCGCCGGUGUCAAACUUCCCCGCCCCGUCGCACGACAAUCCGCGUCGGGCACCGCAGCGUCUCGCGAAGGACGUUGCCUUCUUCGCCACGGCGCGCAUGAAGGAGAGGAUGCUCUUGUUCUACAAGCGCAAGGAGGGCAUGCACAACACGUUUAAGGUUCUCGAGCCCGUGUUCCAAAAGGCGACCGAGAAAAAGUCUCGGCUGUUUGGGGGCCGGCGCGGCGGGGCCGGCACGACCGAGUCAUUCCGCGACUUUGACGAGUUCUACAUUCCCACCGACUGCUUCUCGCUCAACUUGUUCCAGAGCUAUAUAGCGGUGGCGACGAGCAAGGGGUUCGAGCUGCUGACGCUCGACAAGAAGGUGACGCAGUCGAUCCCCCGCGACCUCGGGCAGCCGGCCAUCGCCAACAUUGCGUCGCGCAUAAAGGAGCCCAACCCACUGGGCAUGUUCAAGCUCAACGACCAGGAGUUCCUGCUCACGUACGAGGACUGCGCCGUCUACGUAGACAAGCACGGCGAGAUCAGCCGCACCCUCAUCAUGGAGUACUCGGGCAAGCAGAAGAAGGCCAGGGCGGCCACCAUGUUUGGCCAGUACCUGCUGCUGUUCAAUGACGACUAUGUCGAGGUGCGCAACGCCGAGAACGGCCGGCUGAGGCAGAUCAUUGCCGGGCGCGACGUCAGGUGCCUUGAUUAUGGGUUCCGCGGGCCGACGGGGAGCGGGCCGCACGGCGGCGGCGGCGCGGGGUUGGCUGGCGUGCAGCCGCCUGUUGGCGUGCACCAGGAUUCCAAGGGGACGGUCAAGAUCUGCAUGAGCCAUCCCGAGGUACCCGGCGGACAGAUUGUGCUGGAGAUGUUGUUGAAUGAUGGGCAUGCGGAGAAGGCUUGA